UUCUCCGCCUUUCUAGUUUCAUUUCGGCAACAGACAGAGUUGUGCGUAGUCAUAGCUUCUCCUUCACGAACGAUGGCGGAACAAAUGUCUCUGUUGGGUCUCGAAGACGAGUUAACAUGCAGCAUCUGUUUAUGUCUAUUCGAUAACCCGGUAAGUUUAAUAUGUGGGCACAGCUUCUGCGCCAAUUGUCUCGAAGAGACGUGGAAAGACAAGAUUUCGUCUCUGUUCUGCCCUCAUUGCCGAAUGGCGUUCAGCAGUAAACCCGAACUCAAGAAGAACACUGUCCUCGGCGCGGUGCUGGAUGCCUAUAGAGUAAAAGCGGGCAUUUCGGAACCUGUCAAGAAUCCAGUUGAAGAGAAAAAGAAGGAUCCAGAUGCGAUUAAAUGUGACAGCUGUAUGGAAGCCAAAGCGGUCAAAACUUGUCUGACGUGUAUGGCGUCCUAUUGUGAAGAUCAUGUGAGGCCUCACCGAGAGAAUGCCAUUUUCCGGGCGCAUCAACUUUGUGAUCCGCUGCCAGAUCUAAUGGAGCGUCUCUGUUCCGAUCAUGGCAAACUGAUGGAGUUCUACUGCAUUCAGCACCAGAGCUGCAUCUGCAGCACCUGUCUUCAGUACAUUCACAAGGGCUGUGAGUUCAUCACCGCAGAUGAGCGGCGCUUCAAACAAAAGACUGAUCUGACUGACAAGCUAAACAUGAUUGAAGGCAAAAUGGACAAGAAUGAACAGGUUAUCACACAGAUGAAGGAGCAGCAAAAUAAAUUAAAGGAUCUAGCUGCCACCCGAAAGCGCAUUCUUGAGGCAGAAUAUAGCCAGAUCAGAGAAAUGAUCGACAGAGAUGAAAAAGAGGCCAUGCUGGCAAUUGAUAAGGAACAAGAGAGAGGUCAGAGCAAACUUGUCUCCUUGAUGAAGAAGUUUAAUGAGAAUAUUGAGAAGAUGGAAAGGACCAAGUGUGAGAUCAACAGUCUGCUGGACCAGUCGCAAUCACUCUCAUUUUUAAAGGCCUCCAUAGAUUUGCCCUCAGUGAUAAAUUUUGAGCCCUAUAACCCACGCAUGAAUUUGGACAGUAAAGAGGUGAUCGCUUACCACUCCUCUGCUGUUGCACUUAAAGAGUGGAUCACCAAGUUAAUGGAACAGUCAACAGAGAACAGAAUCUCUGUACUUAAACCAGGAUACCAGUCACCUGGAAUUCUUGGUGGGACUCCUGCAUUCCUGCCAAAUCCAAGAGAUAUGUCAUAUAUGCGACCACCCUGCUCUUCCAAACCCAAGGUCCUACCUUCUAAAAAGAAAAAUCCUGACAGGAGGGAUACUAAAGAGAAGCCAAACAGAUCCAAGAAUCCCACUCAAGGGAUAAAUCCAGUUUUCUCCAAAAGCAUGGACAACUUGAAUGAACUCAGACCUAAAACUGUAGACAUAAUUGACAUAAAUCAACCUGCAAGUUCAUCAGCUGUGCAAAACGUUAAAAGGAGUGAUCUACUUAAAUACGGCACUAUUCUCCAUUUUGAUGUCAGAACGGCUCACAAGCGGAUCUCACUCUCCGAAAACAACACCAAAGCAACAGUCUCAGACGACCCUGCGAACUAUCCAGAAAUUCCACAUCGUUUUUCUGUUUGUUCCCAGGUGCUCUGCACAAAGGGUUUCUCUCAGGGCCGUCAUUACUGGGAGAUCAAAAUGAGCAGUAACAACUUCUGCGGAUUAGGACUUGCAUAUGGAAAAAUAGACCGCAAGGGUCCCUCUAGCCGUCUGGGCCGUAAUGCAGAAUCCUGGUGUGUAGAAUGGUUUAACGUCAAGCUUUCUGCAUGGCACAACAGCUUUGAGACGGUGUUGGAGAAUCCAAAUCCAAGCCGUGUUGGCAUCUUGCUGGACUGCGAUCAGGGAAGUGCAACAUUCUAUAAUGUGCAGGAUCGUGCGUACCCCUUUCACACGUUUGUGUUCCCUUUUACUGAGGCUGUGUAUCCAGCUUUCUGGAUUUUUUCAAAUGGUUCCUCUGUCUCUCUGUGCAAGCUCAAUAACUGAAUCAAUGAAAGCCAAGGUGGUCAGUUAAUUGAUGUUUACUUCAUCCUUGGCUGUCUGAAAGUCAAGCUAAAAUAUCAAGCUUCAAAAGACAUCCUAAAAUAUACCCACGGAGGACUGUUUAUGUAUUAAGCACAUUUUCGAUUUCGCAAGGUUUGUUCUUGUGCAUCCAGCAAGCACUGUUUAGCUGCUGUUGAUUGCUAUUAAUGUCCUCUAUGUGUACUGGUUGUUUAAAAAAAACACAACUCCUUCCAAUUAAUAUCAAUUUGUUUUGAGCUUUCAAUAAAUGGAUAAAAAACUAUGUAUAUAGAGGAUGUUUAUGGAUGUUUCCCAGUUAUAGGUUGCAGCUGGAAGGGAUUCUGCUGCGUAAAAUAUAUGCUGGAUAAGUUGGCGGUUCAAUCCACUGUGGCAACCCCAGAUUCAUAAAGGGAGUAAGCCAAAAAGAAAAUGAAUGAAUGAAUGAUGUAAAUAGUUGAUUUGUCAUGUCAAUGGACAUGAAACAAGAUUGAUAUGUUGAUAUUUAAUCAAUUGUGUCAAUGAAAGAUAACCUUCAUAGGAGUGACAGGGUGUUUGCUGCAAUAAAGACUUGCUCUGUUUGUUAAAUGACCAACCAAAUAAAGUUAAACAAAAUAUGUAUUUAGGUUGAAAUUAGGUAAACGGAACAAGGCUGUAUCAGCGUAAUUCUGACCUAAUUAUAUGUCAACAGUUUGUGAGAAUAUUUAACAGGCACCACACAAACACAUUUGUCCAAGACUUACAUGAUUAUUAUGAAUAUAAACAUGAAUAUUAUGCAGAGACGAUAAAUAAAUGCUUAAGUUGUUGAUCAUUGCAUACAUUUUGUUUGCAAAUGGGACUAUAUUUAAUCUUAGUUUGCUAUCACAUGGUCAAAGUCUAUCUCUAGUGUACUAAAUAUACUGUUGUCUUGUUUCCUGAGCAAAGUUAGCUCCAGUUAGAUCUUUUUUAGGCAUGUGAAAAUCAGUCACAAUGUUAAGGUGAAGAAAUCAUUUUGGAAUAUCAGUAGCCAUUUGUACCUGUAAACCAAAUAAAUCAAUUGUAAAAAAAAAUGUUGAAAUGUUGUGUAGUCACAUAGUCUUAAGAGACCAAUCCAAAUUUUGCUGAAAACUCAGUUUUUCUCUCGUUCUCUGUUGUAUUUAUAAAAAAAACUUGUAGUUUCAAUUAGGAGGGAAUGACUUGAUCUUUUGAAAUGUUGGUUGUUAAUGUAUGCAGUUUUAUGUGGUUUGUGCUGAACAAUAAAAGGUGAAAAAUAACAACGAA